AUGAUUUUCUGUCAGUUCGUCUCAGUGACAGAAGCUCCGCCCGGCAGCGACCCCUGUUGGCUGGAGGCAGCAGCACACACAGGAUUUGUGUUCAUUGCAAAAGAGAAACGUCGUCCUUUGAGCAGCGGCCCCUGCUGGAGGGAGGUAACAUUGCGCCGUGACGGGCGGACCAAUAAAACUACGAUUCCCAGCAUGCCCCGGGCGCGCUGCGCGUGUCACAACUGUCUGACUGAUCCGACACUUACAGCGAGUGAUUGGUCAGAGGCGCAAGUCAUGGAGCAGUUUGUGCGGAGUUGUAGGGCAGCUGUACAGAAUAAACCUGAAGCUCUGGACUUCCACGUGGUUCUCGGAAAUGAAGCCUGCGACCUGGAUUCUAUGGCCUCUGCCAUAACUUUAGCCUACUACCUGGCAAAGACCACUUCCAGCCAGAACCUGCUCUAUAUCCCUGUACUGAACAUCCAGCGGGAAGACUUUCCAUUGCGCACGGAAAGCACCUACUUCCUGAAGCAGAAUGGGAUCCCGGAGGAGCAACUUACCUUCAGAGAUGAAAUCGAUCUACAGACUCUGUAUGAAUCCGGCCAUCUGCUGCUCACACUGGUGGAUCACAAUGUGUUACCCAGAGGAGACUCGUAUCUGGACGAUGUGGUGGCCGAGGUUAUAGAUCACCGUCACCUCGAGAGACCGGCCGCCCUCAACUGCAAAGUCACGUCGGAGCUGGUGGGAUCCUGCGCUACGUUAGUGGCAGAGAAGAUUAUUCGCGGGGCCCCGGAAAUCUUAGACCUUCAGCUGGCGUCUUUGUUACGAGAUACCAUUGUCUUUGACUGUAUCAAUAUGGCGCCUGCAGCUGGAAAAGUGACUCCCAAAGAUACAGAGAAUGUCACAGCGCUGGAGUCCAUGUUCCCCAGUCUUCCUCCAAGGGGCGCUGUGUUCCAUUCACUGCAAAAAGCCAAAUUUGAUGUAUCAGGUCUCACAAUAGAUCAGAUGCUCAGGAAAGACCUGAAGGUGCUGGUCAGUCGGGAUAUUAGUCUGGCCAUCAGUGCUCUGUAUAUGACUCUAGAGAACUUCAUGCAGACGGAGAAUCUAGAAUCUGACCUGCGUUCAUUCUGCCAGAGGCAUCGCUACAAUGUUCUGGUCGCCAUGGCCAUUACUUUUACUAGCCACAAUGAACCCGUGAGGCAGAUGGCGGUCUACAGCCAGAGGGAGGAGCUUAGACACGGGGUGUGCAAAGUAUUGGAGCAAGCUACCUGCCCACCUCUCGACCUGACUUCCAUACCCUGCUCUCCGUGUAACAAUACCGCCACUUAUCGACAAGGAAAUACCGCUGCGUCCAGCAAAAAGGUCCUUCCGAUCCUAAAAGAUUUCCUGCGGAAGAGAGACCUAGAGGCACCGCUAUCCAUGCAUUCCUUGGAGAACCCUGAGAAAUCCAAGGACCAAUCUGGAUUUAGGGAACAGGCCACCAAUGACAACUUGGACGACGGGGAGUUGUUUGGGGAUUGUGGGGAACAGUUAGAAGGCCAAGAUGGUUGCGCUGGAGAUGAUGUGAGGAGCAAAGGAUUUAUUGGAAUUUACAGGAAACAAUUGGACGACGGCUUUGAGGAUGAGCGUUCCUUUCCCCCAACUCCUAUGAACAGUCUGGUGGAAGGCUGCCCCCUCGAUAGGGGUCUCCCCAUAUUCACAGCAGAAGCCAUUCUAGAAAGGUUCAGCCAUAUAACUGCUGUAGAUGUUGAGAGCCAAUCAGGCGGUGAAAAGAAAUGACCAGAAAAGCAUUUUUAUUCCUCUGCAUUAAUAAUGAUAAUAAUGAUUUUUUAGGUUUGCCUUUAAAUGAAGAACAAUAAAAUUGUAUUAAAUACAGAAAAUUUAAUAAUAGGUUGGAAAUGCCAAAUUCACACAUUGUGAUUCUAGCUAAUGCAUUAGGUGUACAGUUUAUAUGUAAAGGCCGCUUCAACUACAACUCCCAGCAUGCCCUGAGUGCCGUCGAUAAGUCACAGCUGCUGGAAGGAUUGAAAGUAUUGUGUAUACUGCAAGCACAGAAUAUUAUUAACCUUUCUUUUGCCUACUGUUUUGCCAUGACCUACCUCAUGUCUGUCUGUGUUCUCAGUUCUCAGUUCUCAGUUUUUGACGAUGCUUGCAGAUUCUGCCUUGCCCUAACCCUCCAUUGUUUCCAUAAUCCCUUUUGUUAAAAGGAUACUGUCAUGAUUUUUAUGAUGUCGUUUUUAUUUCUAAAUGACACUGUUUACACUGCAAAUAAUUCACUGUACAAUAUAAAAUGUCAUUCCUGAA